AUGCCCUGUGGAAGAGCUUCUCGGACCUCUAACCAUAGCGAACAGCAGAGGGAUAGAAGGCGUCCUGAAAUUACAAUAGUUGCUGCUGAACCUCUCCGGCCAUCCUCCUGGUUUCCAGGUGCAAGCCCUGUCACUCCUCAGGGCUUAGGAUUCCCUUCUGCUUCAUCUCAUGCUCAGUGGAGGAGAAAUGAGCAUAUUCCAGCUGAGCUUCCACCAUCAUAUGAGCAGGUGAUAAAAGAAAUCAAUCAAGUGCAAGUCAAUACAACAAAUAACAAUAAUGCUGCUGCUCCUAGACAUACCACUACUUCUGCAACACAAACUGACUUUCCGGAGGAACUAAGCAGCCAUUUGCCAGGAACAGGGCAGAGUCCUCUUAAACCUCCUAGGCCUUCUGCAUCUCUCCUGAAUAGGUCUCCUUCAGAAAAUGAGAAUCCCUUAAUAGUCUUUGAAACUUCUGAAGGUCAGAGGUGCCAAGAAAAUCCCAGUGCUGUGCUAUGUCCUGUGCCAAAGCCAAGAUCAAGAAGCAAUCUCAGACCUGUGGUCAAAAAUACUGAAAGUAAGAUAGGCAAUGGAGAAGAAGUGAACCAGUCUACCACAAAAAGGCAGCAACCUCCAAUUCAGCAGUCACCUCUCUUAGAUGAUAGCUUACUAGACAAUCACUUGGCGACGGACAGCAUGAGUACAGAAAAGAGCCAAAAUAGUAUUGUUUCAAGGAUCAAAGUUUUUGAAUCCCAAGGAACUAAUGAUACCUCAGGAUUAUCAAAAAAGCCAGAAAUUGCCCCUCGUUCAUUCACCCCAAGACCUGUUACUGCAAAGAAGCCAGUAGUUGCUCCAAAGCCAGGGGUAAGCAGAAUUUCAGGAGACUGGGAUGCAUGGACAGAAAGCAAAUCAACACCUUCCAAGGAAUUGCAGCCUCAACCUGAAGUAGUUGGGAGCAGUGUUGUAACCAAACCUGAACUGCCAAAGAAGCCAAAACCUGGCCUUGUUAAAAGUAGUAGUAGUGAUUUUCUUGAUGCAAGGAGUGGAUCAGUUGCAGAAAACAGCGAUGGACAAAAGAAAUUUCCUGUUCCUGCUCCAAGGCCUCUUGUUCCUAAAAAGUCAUGUUACACAGAAAAUCCUGCCCUUUCUUUGGCCUCACUAAAACCGAUUGCUGCUCCCCCGCGGGCUUCUGUAUCUGCCCAAGAAAAAGUUUUCAAGUCUCUGGGGGAAUUGUCACCUGCAGCCAACUCCUCAGCACCUACUUUGCAAAAUAAACUAGAUGUGGAAGGAGAUCUGAUCAGUUUUGAUGAUGACGUUUUGCCCCUAAGUUCAGCUUGUGUAGUUAAAGAUAGCAUCAGUUCUGAAGCAGCAGGAGAUCCAUUUCAGUUCCUCACCAAAAGUGAACCUGCAAAGGAACAGACAGCUCAACCAGCUUUAGCCCGGAAACCCACUGUGAUCCGAAUCCCAGCUAAAUCUGGGAAAUCUUUAAAUGAAAUUCCGCAUAGCCCUCCGCCACUUCCUGCUGAAAAGCCUAUUGGGAACACCUCCGAUAUCACAGUGGGAAAACCCAGCAGUGGUGGCCUAGUAAAAAAAGUGGAGUUGGAUCAUUCAGAACAGGGUGGAGUCCCUCAGCUAGAACCUGUACUACCCCCAAGGCCUGUGGAUGGAAAAAUUAUACCUGCCCGACCUCCCCCACCUAAAGGUGUUCCGGGAAGGCCACCUCCACCAAAACUCUCUGCAGCCAAGACCUCCUCCCAGAAGGAUGCUCUUUCACGAUCUACUUCUGACAUCGCUUCUGAUAAAAAACCCAGCAAGUUCAGACUGGGACCCAAGAGAACAAAAAGUGAAGUUUUUAAAAAUCCAGAACCAGCAUUACCUCCUAGACCUAAACCGGGUCAUCCUCUCUACAACAAAUACAUGCUACCUGUGCCUCAUGGAGUUGCCAAGGAAAAUUGUCUUCCCAGGAAUACUGGAGAACUGUCCUGUAAGGAUUCAAACCACCCUCCAAAAGUUUCUGACACAACUGCACCUCAUGCUGUAGUCCUGCAUGAUUUUCCUGCGGAGCAUGCUGAUGACUUGGACCUUCAUUCUGGAGACACCGUUUGUCUUUUGGAGAAAAUCGAUACCGAGUGGUACAAAGGAAAAUGUGGGAAUCGCACAGGGAUAUUUCCUGCCAGCUUUGUUAAAGUAGUUAUUGAUGUUCCAGAAGAAGGCAACAGGAAAAAAAUACCCUUUUCAUCACAAUGUGUUAAAGGCCCAAGAUGUGUAGCACGAUUUGAAUAUAUUGGAGAUCAGAAAGAUGAGCUCAGUUUUUCAGAAGGUGAAACUAUUAUCCUUAAAGAAUAUGUAAAUGAAGAGUGGGCCAAAGGAGAGCUCAGAGGCACAUCUGGAAUUUUCCCCUUGAACUUUGUGGAAGUAAUUGAAGAUCUGCCUGGAACAGGUACAGGAGCAGCACUGAAGAACAAGGUGGAGGUUUCUUUUUCCCUUCCUCAGAACAACAGACACUCAGUAGAGUGGUGUGAAGCACUUCAUGAUUUUACAGCAGAAACCAAAGACGAUUUAUCCUUUAAAAAGGGAGACUACAUCCAAAUACUGGAGCAAGUAGAUCCAGAGUGGUAUAGAGGAAGACUGAAUGAAAAGGAAGGGAUUUUCCCAGCAGUUUUUGUUCAGACCUGCUCAGCCAGGGUAGAGCUGUCACAGUCUCUAGGAGCGAAGAAAGGAAAAGCCAGAGCUCUUUAUGAUUUUCAUGGAGAAAAUGAAGAUGAGCUUUCCUUCAAAGCAGGUGAUACAAUAACAGAGCUGGAAUCCAUAGAUGAGGACUGGAUGAGUGGAGAGAUACAAGGGAAGUCUGGGAUAUUCCCCAAGAACUUUGUUCAGAUUUUAAAAACACCAUGAAGUGUUGCCUCUCUUUGUACUCCCUGCACAUGGGGGAGAAUGUUUUAUAUCCUAAAGGCACAGCAAAAACAUCAACGUGUUUUGACUAUCAAUGUUUUGCACUACUUUUUCUAGACAGUCAUACUAAUGUCUUGAAGUCAAAUAAGAAAAUUUUAAUCUUUUGUGACAGUGUAUGUAGUCAUGCUUCACAAAUGCUCUGAGAGCAAAUACAAGCACGAUUUUUAGCUGUUUCCAACUAGGGAAAUACUGUGGUGCAACACCAUUUUAACUUAAAUAGCAUUCUAGUAUAUUUACUAUCGGGUAUUACAUUUAUCAUGGACAA